AUGGACAGCGGGAGGCCACGAUCGCGACAGAAACGGAUGAAGCUGACGGACAGCCCGGAAUCCUUCCAGUCGUCUACGAGCUGGAUCGCUUCGCUGAAAUCGGAGCGCUCGGCGAGAACCUUCGACACCGCGGCGAUUGACGAUGGACCACACGGCGUAGCGGCGUUCGGCGGCGGCGGAAGCAGCAGCAGCGGCAGCGGCAGCUUGGCGACGAGCGAGCUCAAGUGGAUGCUGGAUCUGGCGAGCCGUCAAGUCGACAUUCGCGCGCGCAACGACCGGCAAAGCUCAAACCAUGGCAACCCGAUGAGCGGAUUCUACGCGCAAGGCUGGAGCGAGAAGGACGGCGAGCGCACAAAGGCGGCGGAGCGGCGCAAGUUGGCAAGUGGCGAGCACGAGAACCAAGGUCAAGGCGAACGCGUGCACCAAGGACAAGACCUGCGCACAAGACAAGAAGACGAGGCCAAAAUAAGACAAGAAUCGAAGACGUCCUAG